UCAAUGCAUGUCGAGCGCCAGAACAUCAUUCCUCAUGCCGAGCUCUCAUUUCAGUUAUGUAGAGCCCUUAUCUGGAAACGAAGAAGUGUGCAGGAGCCCUUGGCACCCAUAUGGCCCGUCUGCAUUUUAGCUUUGGCAUUAGGAACAUAAUUGUACCCGCCACUUAAAUUGCUAUGUAAGAGCAGGUGAAGGUGGCCAAAUCAUCCACACACCUCUUUAUCCAGUAGUUCACUAGAAAAACUAUGGUCAUGGCCGCCCAGGAGCAAAAGCCGUCGCAGCGGGCUCCGGUUCGCGUGGGAUUUUAUGAUAUUGAGCGCACGCUGGGAAAAGGCAAUUUUGCAGUUGUGAAGCUGGCGAGACAUCGCAUCACGAAAUCUGAGGUGGCGAUUAAGAUCAUAGACAAGACCCAGUUAGAUGCAGUGAACCUGGAGAAGAUCUACAGGGAAGUGGAAAUCAUGAAGUUGCUGGACCAUCCUCACAUCAUCAAUCUUUACCAGGUCAUGGAGACCAAAAACAUGCUCUAUCUAGUGACAGAAUAUGCCAGGAAUGGAGAGAUUUUUGACUACCUGGCCAGCCGCGGGCGGCUCAGCGAGAUGGAUGCGAGGAGGAAGUUCUGGCAGAUCCUCUCAGCGGUGGAGUACUGCCACGAACGCAAUAUUGUUCACAGAGACCUGAAGGCUGAGAACUUGUUACUGGAUGCUCACAUGAAUAUGAAGAUAGCAGAUUUUGGCUUUGGAAACUUCUUCCGUCCUGGGGAACCACUGACCACUUGGUGUGGCAGCCCCCCGUAUGCGGCUCCAGAGGUGUUUGAGGGGCAACAAUAUGAGGGUCCGCAACUGGACAUCUGGAGUAUGGGGGUGGUUUUGUACGUGUUAGUGUGUGGCACUCUUCCAUUUGAUGGUCCUAGCCUUCCUGUCCUCAGACAGAGGGUCCUGGAGGGCCGUUUCCGCAUCCCCUACUUCAUGAGUGAGGACUGUGAGCACCUGAUCAGGAAGAUGUUGGUUCUAGAUCCAGCCAAGCGUUUGUCCCUGAGUCAGAUCAAAGAACAUCGCUGGAUGGUGCAGGAGGUCCCGUCCCAGCGGCCCGUGCUGUAUAGACAGGGUCUGCCAUGUGUGAGCAAAUUAGGCUUGGGUGAACACAGUGAGCAGGUGCUCCGACUCAUGCACAGCCUGGGCAUCGACCAGCAGAAGACCAUUGAGUCUCUUCAGAACAAAAGCUAUAACCAUUUUGCUGCUAUCUACUACCUGCUUGUGGAGCGGUUGAAAGCGCAUCGCAGCAGUUUCCCUGUGGAACAGCGUUUGCACGCCAGCCAGCGCCGCCCUAGCACCAUCGCUGAGCAGACUGUUGUCAAGACCAUUGCGGUUCCCUCCCAAGCGGGUGUCCUGCCGCAGGCAGCACGUCACCUGCGUUCACCUGUUCUGUUGCAGUCCACCACAGACACAUUUACCUUCCCACAAACCCCUGCUUCCCCAGAUCAGACGCUCAUGGAGGAAGACGUGGCCACUCCCAAGGUGGAUGGCUGCUUACUGAACCCACUCCCUCCAGCCGUUGUUCGCAAAGUCAGUGGCUCACUACCUGGCAACGUUAUGGAGACAUCCAUUGAUGAGGGUAUUGAGGUGGAGGAAGAGCACACUGUGCCCCUCGCCACCUUUCAUACAGCUCGCUUCAAUCAGCGCCGCCAUACACUGUCUGAGGUCACCAACCAACCUGCUGGGCUGCCCAUCACAGGUCUGAACCCAUCUCUCGGGAGCAUGGACUCAGAGUACAGCAUGGGUUCGACUCAAAGUGACUUCAGCUUGCCUGAAGAGAAUCCAGCUCUAAAGGAAGCAUUAAGCACUACACCUGCCAGCUCCGCAGCUCCAGUCUUCCUCAGCAUGAAGCCCCCUGAGCCCACCCUUCAGCCACUCAACACAGAGGGGCAGGACGCUCAUAAUCACUCACUAGUCAGUUUCAGAGAGGGGCGAAGGGCUUCAGACACAUCUCUCACUCAAGGUUUAGUGGCAUUCAGACAGCACCUCCAGAACCUGGCCAGGACCAAGGGCUUCCUGGAGCUGAACAAAGCCCAGAUAGUGUUAGGAGAUGGUGGAGGGGGAGGCGGCAAACACACUCAAGAGCUCCUAGAGCCUCACCACCCAUUCAGCCAUCAGGAAGAUGGACGCCAGUUUCUAAGUGGAAAAGAUACGUCGACAUUCACUGGUAAAAUGCACCCUUAUCUGCUAUCCAGGAGACAGAGUUUGGAGACACAGUACCUCGCUCAGCGACUACAGAGGGCCAGUCAGUUGGCAAGUGGUCUUGGAAGUGGACAUAUGUUUUGUAAAGAGGCUGCACCACGCACUUUAGAGCAACAACUGCAGGAGCACAGACUGCAGCAGAAAAGGCUCUAUCUCCAGAAGCAGUCUCAGGUACAUGCUUACUUCCACCAGAUGCAGCUGGCAGAGGAUGCUUACCCCCCUCCCCAGGACUGCAAAGACCCCCAGAUCAGCACCAGUCCCUUGUCCAGCCCUCCCUUCACACGGACCCAAAACCUAACCCCUUUUCUGGAGCCCUGCACUUUGUCCCUGACAUAUAGCCCCAAGUCAGCCCGCUUCCCAGACUGGCCUCCGCUGCCAGACAAUCACACAAACUACACCCCAUCCCUCCCUACAGAGCCCCUAUACGCGUGGAGUCCUACCCAGCCGCCUCUUCCACCGGGCAAAGCAGAAAGCCCUUCAGCCAAAACUGCACCUGAAGCCCCCUUCCUGGACUGCGAGAUGAUGGAGACCAUUGAGGCCCCACAAGGCUGUGUACUCGUAAACUAAAUGUGAAAUAAAGCACUCUGAGGCUGGCUCUCAGGCAUAAGAUGUGGUGAAAAAAGACCCUCAGGGACGAACAAGACGCCAUGGUUUGGGUCACAUCUUAUAAACCUACAGACGUGCACUUGAUCCUGUGGUAGACCAUUACAACUUCAUUUUCAGAGAUGUUUGUGAGAUGUGCUUGUGUCCUGAAAUGUCUUUUUUUUUUCGGUAUGCACAGAUGAAAUGUAGUGCAGCUACCAUAGAGUAUAAAAAUCAGUAUUAAAGCAAUAUUACUUUUCCUAUAUAAUACUUUAGAGUUCUAUGAGUUUCAGUGUUUUUAUAAGUAGUUUGUUUCAUCCUUUAAUGAUCAGUAGCUACUCAAGGAUUCAUUUAAUAUUGUGUGAUUUUAAAUAAUAGAUAAUUAACAGAAAUGUGUAAAUAUUAGGACUUAUCUAAAGUGCUGCCAAUAGGAUGUAAUUUUGCAAGCCAACCCGGAAGUUAUGGUGCAUUCACACCAUGUCAGAAUUACCGUAAUUACGAGAUUCUGACUUGUAAAGAGUGCUCACGUCCUCUUAGAACUCGUAAUUAGAAUUUGUGAAUUUUCUGAGAGCUCUGACUUGUGCCACCUGACCUCUGCAACAUCACACAAAAACUCUUAAAAUGGCAGCGACUUCAGCUGUAAAAUGCAGUUAAGCAGUAAUAUUUAGUUAAACAUAAUAUUUCUGUUUUGUAAUGAAUAAUUAAUAAUAAUUCCUAUAAUUGACUACUGUGAAUGUCUUGAUAAUGCAAGGAUAAAAAAAGACAUACAGUACAGUUUAAUGUGGCUAGCACAGCUAAAUGCAUCUAAUGUCCCACUAAAUAAACAAAGUUGAUUAAUAAGGUAUUUGAUGUAUUGUGGUUUUGUCUAUUGAUUAUUCAAAUGACACAGAUUCAUUUUGCAGUUAAUAGUGUUGCCAUAGAGACAUAUGAUUCAGGACGUGAACAGUUCCAGCACAGGUUGUCAUCUAGUAAUUACCACAUGGUGUGAAUGCAGCAUUGGCAUCACCCUGGUUCUCUCGACAAAAGCCAAUAUGAUUUUUAUAUUCGAUUUUUGGGAUUAUUAAAAACAAAUAAAAUAAGAUCUGUGACCAGCUAAAGUUUAUGACUCUUGCACGUUUUGUUAGAUAAUGAACAUAACAUUUGUGAAUUUUGAAGCCUAAAUACAAUCACCAGAAGCAAAAAGCUAAAAGUAGGCUAUAAACGUCAACACCAUUUAGCUUCAGACAACUCUCGGUCUUUAUUUAACACCUAAAAUAAAGUUGGAAUAUUUGAGUUACUAUAGUUUGUAAAAGUAUAAACACAACAAGGCUGUAAAAGACGAUUUUUCGUGUUCGAUGUGAUGUUUAAUGUCCCGACAGCCUCUGUAGUCCCAUUUUGCCACUCGUUAGCAACCAACUUUUUCAAGACAUGUAAAAGCUUAAAAAAUCAUGAGUGGAGUAUUACUGAUCUGUUUUAUGUUAUAACGUAUGUUAUAUAACUGAUGAUGAAUCUGGGUUUUAGGACUCCUGCAGCACUAUUGUAAAGUGUUACCACAUUGCAACAGCUGUUUGACUAUUGGUAAACAUUAACAGGCACGAC